AUGGCCAUUGAGAAACUCCCCGUAGAGGUGCUACAAGAUAUUGUAUCAUACUUGUCCAGUCAGUAUACAAACCGGAAGGACCUUCUGAGCUGCAGCCAGACAUGUCGGUCGUUCUGGGAUGCUGCUACAUCAACAGUUUAUCGGGACAUCAAUCUACAAUGUUACCAUAACAUGGAAAGGCUGUCAAAGAAGAUUAAAAGGAGGCAGCUCUGUCUCAUGAAAACCAUUGCUGAAAAUCCAAAUUUGGGCCUCCAGGUCAGGACUUUUCUGAACGAUUCGGGUUAUAUUUCUCCUGGCAUGGAUGUGACUCGAAGGGGCGAAAUAAACAAGCUUUUACUGAUUGAGGCUGCAAAUAACUUGAGAUCUCUCUCCAAAGCCUCCUUCAACCUCAAUCCUCUUGCUGUUCAAGUCGUCACAACACUGCCUUCAUAUCGAGAGCUGUCCGAAGUGACCCUCAAUGGUUUCACACCAAGCAAACACAUCUGGAAGAAUUCCAAAACAUCACUAAGAAAACUGCACUGGAAAAAAGCCGCACCACAGUAUACAUAUCGCAGGGGUGGUCUUCAAGAUCUACUAAUCGAGCUUCGCCUGCUGUUCAAAGUCGUCGAAACUACAUGCCCUGAGAUGGAAGUCCUUGAUUUUCAGCUCGCCCAAAACCAUCAUUAUGAGCCUGAGACAGAUACGGCAAUUCCCACUGACCUGGUUUCCGAGUACAGUACGCUGCCAAAUUCCACAGACGCUAAACUUCCCAAACUCCGGCACUUUGGGCUCAAUUUGAAGGGCAUCAGUACAUAUAGAGCAACUGACGAUAUCAAAACUUUUAUUCUAGAUAUCGUUGGUCGUUAUGGACACUCGUUGAAUUCCAUCACCAUUCCAGGAGGGGACUACGGCUGGAGUAGGGAAGGGUUGGACUUUGUCCUGAAAGUGUGCUCCUUGGUACCAGACCUGCGAGAAUUGAACUUGCUGGGUACCGACUUGGGUUCGGAUUCAAAGACCAAAUUGAGAAAAUUCGAGGCACUUUGGGAACUGACUACCAGCCCAGCUACAGCCAAGAUUGAGAAAUUCUCGACCAUGAAUAUCCAUAAUCACUUUUCCAGGGAAGCUGGUCAACUCUUCCAGAAUUGGAAGAGCCUCAAGUUCUUGCAACUAGGAGAUAAAGAUAACACUGGUGGACCGUUUGGUGACGAUGGCAGGCCCGAUUUCGAGGCAUAUAGGCCUCAUAUCCUAGAAUUCAUCAAAGCCCUACCCCCAUCUCUCCAGGAACUCUUCCUGGAAAUCAACGGGCACAGAAUAUGGUGCGACGAGAAUGAAGACUUCGAUCCUAUGUGCCUCUUGAGCCCGGAGAUCUUUCACGCCCUCCCUCGCCUCCACACCUGCGAUCUCCACGCCUGGAUUUCCAAUAGAGGUGGUGGAAUUGGUCCAACUCCUGAAAAGGGUGUCUUCUAUAGACGUCUUCCAGGCGAUGCGAUGCGUCCCAAACAGCGCACAAUCUGGACGUCGCGAAUGGAUAGUAUCUACCAAGAUGAGGAUAUACUGGUCAAGAAAUGGUGUUACUUGGUUGAGGACGAAGCAUUUGAGGGAGAGGAUGCUAAGGAGAUUUGGCUUGAUGGAGCGACUUUUGCAGACCCGAGGAUGGGGACGAGUAGGGGAAGUCCACCAGGGGGAACAGAUUGGUCGUGGCCGUUCUGUGCAGAUCUUAUCCCGAGAAAGAUUGGGAAUUAUGAGAUGUUUAGAUCGAAGUAUUGA